AGUUGUCAAUUUUACGGAUUAGUACUAUUUGCAGGUGCAAAUUUAAAUAAAAAAUUUAUUAAAUAUAUAUAAUUUAUUAAGUAGAUUUAGUUCAAAUUAGGAUAAUCGCUUUAAUUACUAGACGUACCCUUAAAGAGGUUUCCUAAUAUGGCACAUUUUAUUUCUCAACAAACUUUCGAUGACGCUGUUCGGGAAAAUAUCGAAGAGUUCGGAUUAGAGCCACAAGAUGCUCUGAAAGAAACUAUAAAUCAGUUCGAGGCGCAAGGCGUCGACUUAAGUUCUAUUGUUAAAGAAUUAUCCCUGGGACCCUCUAAGGCAGACGAAAUAAAAGCCGCUAUAGAAAAAUUGAAGGAACUGAAUAAAAUUGAUACUCCCGAUAAAGUGCUUAUGGAUCAAAUGGAUGUAAUUAGGAUCGAAUGUGACAAGGGUUUAACGAACAAAGUUGCAGUCGCAAAAGCGGGCGCAUACGACGUAUUGUUAGACGUGCUGGAUACGAAAAGAUCUUACAUUGUAGUCGAGCGGAUUUGUUUGAAAACAUUGACUUCUCUCAUGACCAAACAACCGGAUUUGCUCGACAGCAGAGGAAUACAAUCGAUGUUUCGGUUUUUGAAUCCUAAAGUAGAUUUCGAUUUGAAGAAACUGACUCUACGAUGGAUUAAAGAAUGUUGCGUCAUGCACGAAAUGAAUAGACAGAACAUCUUCAAUGCGCGUGUCUUGGAUAAUUUGAAAGAUCUACUGAAGGAUUCCAAUCCUGAAAUCAUCAGAGAAGUCAUGUCAGUAUUCAGAGCUCUGAUUCUGGAUGAUGAUGUUCGCGUUGAGUUCGGAAACGCUCACGAACACGCCAGAAUAAUCGCAAGUGAAUUUUUAUGUUAUCUAACACUUUUGAUGAAAAAAUACCAGACUGACGAAUCCUUUAUUCACGACUUAAUAUUGACUGUAACAGCCCUAAUGGUUCGCAAUGAGUUUUGCAAGAAGGUGAAAGAUGCCGGUGGUAUACAAAUGCUUCUAAGCAUUAUGGAGAAUUUUAAGAAUAAUGAGAGAGUAAACAGACAGUGUUUCAAGUUGAUCAAAUCUCUAGCUGGCAAUGAUGACUGCAAAGUGUAUUUAAUCCAAGUUGGAUUAGCUCCUGUAUACACCACAGCACUUGAACAAAAUAAGAAUAACGUAAAUACAGCCAUAGCUGGUCUAAAUGCUAUUGCAGCUCUCGCGUUGCGAUCUCCUGAAAAUAGUAAAGCUUUAUUCGAAGCAAAUAUGCACACUGUAAUGGUAGAAAUAAUGAAGUUGUAUCCCGAUGAAAAACAAGUUCAAAAAUCCGCUAGUCGAGCCAUCAGGAACAUGGUAUCCCGGAGCAGAUAUCAAAACGAUAGCUUUGUAGAACUGGGAGUGGAGGAAUUGCUACAGAAGAAUUUGAAGAAAUUCCCGGAUAUCGAGUACGAUACUAAAGCAGCUUUGCGCGAUUUGGGUUGCAAUGUUCACCUGAAAGAGGAAUGGACCGGCAAAGGAGGAGCCCUUACUACCGGCGCUGUAAUGUCGUAAGCAGAGAGAGACUUUAAAAGUAUGUACGUUUUUUAUGUUAUUUUAUUUACUCAAUUUUUAUAGCACUUUUUUAAUGAACGCUUUUUUUCUAAUAAAGUAUUGUUACAAGUUACAAUAAUGAAUUAUGAAGAGAUUAAAAUAUUAAAUAUAUU